AUAUAUGGCGGCUUCUGCUUGCUGGUGGACGCGGUACGGCUCUUUCUGUGCAAUAGCACAGCAGACAUUGCGGCUGCUCUUCCUGUCCACACUCUGCAGUUGCAUGAUCGGCUUCGUCGUUGUCGCUCAAAAAAAGACAGACCGUCAUCUUUUCCCGUCAUCUGCCAUGGCUAUGGGCGAUUCCCUUGCGUACUCCAACGGUCAUGGGGCCUCGCCUGGCGUCCAAACGGAUUACUACCACGGCAACCGUCCCGCCGGCGACCGGUCGCUGGCUUCAGAAGAUGUCUUGCCGUCCGUCACCCUUCUCGAGCAGGAAUUGUUUGUACGUGACGUCAACGGCACAGCUGGGACGCCGAGGGCCGUGCUCGUUCACACACCAGAGGCGCCUUUCAAUGCCAUCCCAUCGCCGUUCGAUGAAUCUUCCGGCUUGGGUUAUAGGUGCGAAUCUAUUUAUAGAAAUGUAGUGUUUCUCCCCAACAGCACGCAGUUUUUCGCUAUCCUCGAGCAGAGCUGCAUCACACGCAACCGUACUUAUCAACGAAACUUAGAAGCGAGUGAGUCUGUGGGGAUUUCCUAUGUGAGCUUAACCUUUAGAGAGAUGUCAGUGCGGCACGCAGAUCUGCUGCCCAUGAGGCAGGGGUCGAAGCCUCUUGCAGACGAGGCAGUGUUAAGCUACUGGUGGCCGGUAGACAGUACCGACGGGGAGAGAGUCUCAUCGCCCAUUCUUUACGAGAAAGACAAGAACAUGCCAAUCAUGGCGACAAUCUACGGCAUGGACAUCGCCGAGACUGGCACGCAUCUGGUCUUGGUUUCGUUCAGGCACAGCGGGUCAAUGCAGCCAACGCCGCCGGUGCUUAUGUCUCUGUCAACGAUCAACGGCAGUCGAUCGUUAAUCAUGUCUUUGACGGGUGACGUGACUUCGGUUGAUGGGAUAGCUUUCGAUCGUAAUAAGACAAAACUCUUCGCCACUGAAAACUUCCUCUCCCCUUCCAGUUUACUCACCGGCGGCCGUCUCUGGGUCCGUCUAGCGUCUGCUGACGUGGACGAAUCCGGUUACCCGGUUACAUCCGACGGUCGUGAUCGGGAGCGGGACCCUUUUCACAUCGUACACCGACUGGGCAGCCCGCCUGAUCCAGAGAUAGACUACGUUCCCGGCGGGGCUUAUUUCAGCCCUCACAGCGUCACUCCUAGCGGAAGGUGCAUGUACCUUAUGAAUAAGUAUCCGAUGGAGGUGUUUGGAGUCGAUCCCUCGACCUCCGAACUCACUCGAGUGCUGGGCCCUGGCAUGAAAACGAAGCCUUUCGCCUUUUCGCAUUCCCGGACUCCGUAUACUGCACGGACGGAUAUCGCAGCGACAUCGGACGGUUGUAAUCUGUUCAUCACAGGUGCCGUUGAUUAUCCGGCUUCGACUGGGCUUGUAUGGGUGAAGAUGACGAGAAGAUGCGGCAGGGCACGGAGCAAGGAGGUUGUGGCGCGCUACGACGGCUACGAGACCACGGGGAUCGGAAGCCUGGCUCUUCAGGAACUGGAAGGUCGGCUGUUCCUGUACAUAGGAGCUACAGACGGCCGCCUGUUCGAGCUGGAGAUUAACCGGUCCCACCUGCACGUAUGCUCCGACGCCAGCCGACGUCUGAGGCCGCCACCCCUCUCUCUUCUCAUUACCUUUCUUCAUCUCCUUACUUUCGUCAUGGCUUUCGUCUCGUUCGUUAUUGCCUUAUGAGAGAGAGAUGGCUGGCGAUUCAGGGUACCAUAGUCCCAGAGUUUCGGGCCUACUCUAGGUCGGUCUGAAACGCUUUCUCCUCUUCCUUGGCUGCGAUGGGUAGAAACUGUGGUUUUGAUAUUCAUGAUUCGAUGACGGUUUUCAAUAGCCAGAGGGUUUCUUCUUGCGAAUCCUUUAACGGCUUGUCAUAUUCUCGCCAAUGUUUUUUCUUUCUUUCUCAAUCUCUAGAUUCUUCAAUGACUUGUCAUCUUCACGCCAGCACAGUCUGAGAACACGUGGGGUGGGGGCGAGGCCGUUCUUGCCUCGAUUCUUCUUUCUCGAUCGUAAGGCGAGAAGCGGGUACUCGGGGUACUUGGAACUGUGCCCUAGGAGGAGGAGAGAGUUACAACGGAUCGAGAGAAAAAUGCGGAAGUAAAUGCCACGCUGAGUU